UAAGUUGCUCUGGAAACAUGGCUCAGCAAACAACAAGCCCAGACACCUUGAUUGUACCUGAAGUUGACAAUACACACUGUCAAAAUCCAUGGCUUAAUGAGGAUCUUGUGAAAACCCUGAGGGAAAACCUGUUGCAGCAUGAAAAACUCAAGAUAUCCCAGAAAUCUUCAUCAAUUUCGCCGAAGUUGUCACCCAUCAUUUCUCCCAGAAAUUCACCAAGACUGUUGCGCAGGAUGCUUUUGAAUAGCAACAUACCAAAACAGCGCCGGUUCACUGUGGCACAUACCUGUUUCGACGUAGACAAUGGCACCUCAUCGGGACGGAGUCCCUUGGAUCCCAUGACAAGCCCUGGAUCAGGGCUAAUUCUCCAGGCAAAUUUUGUUCACAGUCAACGCAGAGAGUCCUUUCUCUACCGGUCAGAUAGCGACUAUGAUCUGUCGCCAAAGUCUAUGUCCAGGAACUCCUCUAUUGCCAGUGAUAUACAUGGAGAUGACUUGAUUGUGACACCGUUUGCUCAGGUGCUUGCCAGUUUACGUACUGUACGGAACAAUUUUGCUGCAUUAACCAACCUUCAGGAUCGAGCACCUAGCAAACGGUCACCCAUGUGUAACCAACCAUCCAUCAACAAAGCAACCAUAACAGAGGAGGCCUACCAAAAACUGGCCAGCGAGACCCUGGAGGAGCUGGACUGGUGCCUGGACCAGCUGGAAACCUUGCAGACCAGGCACUCCGUCAGUGAAAUGGCCUCGAAUAAGUUUAAAAGAAUGCUCAAUCGAGAGCUAACCCACUUAUCUGAAAUGAGCCGAUCAGGCAAUCAAGUCUCUGAAUAUAUAUCCAACACAUUUUUAGAUAAGCAGCAUGAAGUGGAAAUGCCAUCUCCAACACAGAAAGAAAAAGAGAAAAAGAAACGGCCUAUGUCUCAAAUCAGUGGAGUAAAAAAGUUGAUGCACAGCUCCAGCUUAACAAAUUCUAGCAUCCCCAAAUUUGGAGUCAAAACAGAUCAAGAAGAUAUUCUAGCUAAGGAGCUAGAAGAUGUAAAUAAAUGGGGCCUCCAAGUAUUUAAAAUAGCCGAAUUAUCUGGGAACCGACCUUUGACAGUCGUCAUGUAUACAAUCUUUCAGGAACGGGAUUUGCUAAAAACAUUUAAAAUUCCACCGGACAUCUUAAUAACCUAUUUGAUGACACUGGAGGACCAUUAUCAUGCAGAUGUGGCGUAUCACAACAAUAUACAUGCUGCUGAUGUUGUACAGUCAACACAUGUGCUUUUAUCAACCCCAGCUUUGGAAGCUGUUUUCACGGACUUGGAGAUUCUAGCUGCUAUUUUUGCCAGUGCAAUACAUGAUGUUGACCAUCCUGGAGUUUCAAACCAAUUUCUUAUCAACACAAAUUCUGAACUUGCCUUGAUGUAUAAUGAUUCAUCAGUCCUGGAAAACCAUCAUCUAGCUGUUGGAUUCAAAUUAUUGCAGGAGGAGAAUUGUGACAUUUUCCAGAACGUGACAAAAAAGCAGAAGCAAUCAUUGAGGAAGAUGGUCAUUGACAUUGUGCUUGCCACAGACAUGUCUAAGCAUAUGAAUCUAUUGGCCGAUUUGAAAACAAUGGUUGAAACCAAGAAAGUGACUAGCUCUGGAGUUCUACUUCUUGAUAACUAUUCAGAUAGGAUUCAGGUUCUACAAAAUAUGGUACACUGUGCAGAUCUAAGUAAUCCAACAAAGCCACUCCAGUUAUAUCGCCAAUGGACAGAUAGAAUAAUGGAAGAGUUCUUUCGUCAGGGAGAUCGAGAAAGAGAAAGAGGCAUGGAAAUAAGUCCCAUGUGUGAUAAACACAAUGCAUCUGUAGAAAAAUCACAGGUGGGUUUUAUAGACUACAUUGUUCACCCUCUCUGGGAGACCUGGGCAGACCUUGUCCAUCCAGAUGCCCAAGACAUCUUAGAUACUUUGGAGGACAAUCGUGAAUGGUACCAGAGCACAAUCCCUCAGAGUCCUUCUCCUGCACCAGAUGACCAAGAGGAGGGUAGACAAGGACAAACUGAAAAAUUUCAGUUUGAACUAACUUUGGAAGAAGAUGGUGAAUCAGACACAGAGAAGGACAGUGGAAGUCAAGUGGAAGAAGAUACCAGCUGCAGUGACUCCAAGACUCUUUGCACCCAAGACUCAGAGUCCACAGAAAUUCCACUUGAUGAGCAAGUGGGAGAAGAAGUGGGAGAGGAGGAUGAGGAGGAGAAUCAGUCAGAACCUUGUGUGCUAGAAGAACAGUCUCCUGACACGUAACAGUAUGCUAACUGCAUAGUUCUCUAUACUCUCUCCUUUUCUGUUUUUAAAAGCUGAAAAUGGUUUCCAAAGUGCAUAUCAUAUGGCACAACCGUGAUCAUGCCUCACUGUCAUCUGCCAGAGUUGUUUGUUGAUCAAAAACUUAGUUCGGCACUCAGGAUUAGUGUGACCAGAAUUGUUCAUCUCCAUGGUACCAGAGAAUGAAGGAAAACAUCUGCAAAGAACAGUUGAAUUAAGAGUUCAGCUUGGCUGAUAUGAGAGACUGACAGUACUCACAGCUGUUUUUCAAAAGGAGGAAAGGCUGGUCCAAAGCUAAUGUGAGUGUGUGUGUGUGUGUGAGAUUGUAUGUGUGUUUUGUAUUAGGUUUUAAUUUCAUGAAGAGGCAAUUAAUAACAUACAAUUAAUGAUUAACACCAGAAUCUAAAGAAAGUGACCAGCAAAUGAAUCAAGUUGUCUAGUGGAAAAUAAAUGCACUCAAAUAUCGGGAUACAACAUGAACCAGUAGGAAGAUGAAGCUGUGGAAAUCACAUACUUUUCUAAUUUCAAGUCUUCCUGAAACAUGACUGAAAAAGGUGUAGCUCAAUGGUUGCACUAAAGUCUGCAUUUUGUAUCAUAUGUACAACAGAAAUCUUUUUGUAGAGUUUACUU